AUGACGGAAGAGAAACUGCCUGAAGGCGAGAUCAUCGGGGUCGUGAUUGGGGCUAUAGUGCUGUUUUUCCUGAUCAGCAUGGUUCCGAUAGAAUCAUCUGGAAGCCUUGAAAGUGGUACUGAUAUUGUGUUUCUAUCGGGUCAGCGUUAUCAUGUGGUACCAUCGGCGCCGCACCGCCGCUCGGGUCAUGAGAGAAGCUCACAAUAUGAGUUCGCCAAUGGAGCAGGCUUCGUCGGUGGAGCGAUGGUUGGAGCAACAGAAUGCACCUAG